AUGUUUUCCUUAGUCUAUAGACGUUAUUCAAUUAUUGCUUAUCUCAGUUCGAUCCUUGUUAUCAACAUUUCUUUGAAGGUGAUCCCAGAAAGGAAUCUUUUUUUUUCUUCUGAUAUGCACACACACACAUUCAUCUAUCUAUCUAUCUAUCUAUCUAUCUAUCCCAGUCUUUCUUUGUUAUCUAUCUAUCUAUCUAUCUAUCUAUCUAUCUAUCUAUCUAUCUAUCUCAGUCUUUCUUUGUUAUCUAUCUAUCUAUCUAUCUAUCUAUCUAUCUAUCCCAGUCUUUCUUUGUUAUCUAUCUAUCUAUCUAUCUAUCUAUCUAUCCCAGUCUUUCUUUGUUAUCUAUCUAUCUAUCUAUCUAUCUCAGUCUUUCUUUCUUAUCUAUCUAUCUAUCUAUCUAUCUAUCUAUCUCUCUCUCUGACAUGGUAUAAUGCAGCGUGGAAAAAUAUAGCUCCGUGCGAAAUCUCUGUUAUCUAUCUAUCUAUCUAUCUAUCUAUCUAUCUAUCUGUCUGUCUGUCCGUUUCUAGUGCUUGCGUUUCAGUUUAUUCUUUUAGACCGACCGACCGACAGAUCGAUCUAUGUAUCUAUCUAAUUCUGUUCAGAUCUAUCGAUCGAUCUAUCUAUCUAUCUAUCUAUCUAUCUAUCUAUCUAUCUAUCUAUCUAUCUCAUUCUCUCAUUCUGUUUAUUAUCUAUCUAUCUAUCUAUCUAUCUAUCUAUCUAUCUAUCUAUCUAUCUAUUUGUCUGUCUGUCUGUCUGUCUGUUUAUCUUAAUCAUUCUGUUCAUAUCUAUCUAUCUACUUCCAGACCCAUGACAAUAGCCUAG